CAAUCACUCUCAUUCUCUGCUUGUGUGAGUUGUCUCAUUCUCUCUCUUUCUUUCAGAAUCUUCGUUGCUUCUCCGUCUUCACAUUUGAUUGGAUCUAGGGUUUCUCUUAACCCAAUUCCCGAUCAAAUCAUACCCCGAUUUCUCUUUCUCUGGAUCAAACCUAGUAAAAGAGAAUCAAUUGCUAAUAUACUCAAUUCAUUAGCUUAGUCACUCGAUUAAUUUAUUGUUAUGUUUACCACGAUCUUUGAUUAGGUUAGGUAAUGGGAGCAUAGGCAUAUAAUUCAUAGAGUUAUUUUGUUGAAAACCAUGGGCACUGAAAAUCCUGGUCGUCCAAAUUUUCCUAUGAAUCCUUCACCAUUUGCUGCUGCUCCUCCAACUAUGACGCCAUUUUCGUCAUCUGGACCUGUGGUGGGAUCGGAGACACCUGGCUUUAGAACUGGUCCACCAGCUGUUCCUCAAACUACAAUGCCUUCUAUACCGUCUGGGCCUCCAAAUGUACCACAGCCCUCUGGUUUUAGACCUGCUCCUCCAGUAUCAUAUGUGCCUUCUACUGUUGGACCCUUCCAGCGGUUCCCAACUCCACAAUAUUCCUCUACUCCUCAAGCUCCUCCUUCUGGGGCUCCACCUGUUGGGCAACCACCCUUCCAACCUCCUGCAGGUCAAGUAUCAUCACCACCUCUAUUUCGCCCACAGCCACAGAUGCCUUCCGUACCUAUAGGAUCUCCACCUUCAAAUGUAAACAUUCCUCAAUCUUCACCAGAUUCAUCUAUUUUUGCUUCUAGGCCCAGCUUUCAGCCAUCUUAUCCUCCUACUAGAGCCACUUUGCAGCCACCUUUACCUGGAUAUAUAAAGCAAUCUACUGCAGUUUCACAAUCCCCUCCAAUACAGUCUCCUUUUCAAGCUCAACAAGGAAGUUAUGCACCUCCUGCAGCAACACCAUCUCCUCCUUUUCCUUCUCAACAAGCAAGUUUUGCUCAACCUCCACCUGUAGCUGCCCCUUUUGGCUUGCAUCCAAGGGACCAACUUCAACAAGCAAGCUCCAUACCUCCCACAGGUGGCAUCCAAGGAUUGUUGGAAGAUUUUAAUUCACUCUCUAUUGGCUCUAUUCCAGGAUCAAUUGAACCAGGAAUUGAUCCGAAAGCAUUGCCAAGGCCAUUGGACAGUGAUGUGGAGCCACCUCCAAUGGCUGAGGCAUUUUCUAUGAAUUGUGAUCCUAGAUAUCUACGGCUUACUACUAGUGCAAUACCAAAUUCUCAGUCUUUGGUUUCGAGGUGGCAUUUACCUCUAGGAGCUGUUGUUUGUCCUCUUGCAGAAGCUCCUGAUGGUGAGGAGGUGCCGGUACUUAACUUUGUUUCAACUGGUAUAAUUCGUUGUAGAAGAUGUCGUACAUAUGUAAAUCCAUAUGUCACAUUUACAGAUGCUGGAAGGAAGUGGCGUUGCAACAUCUGUGCUCUGCUUAACGAUGUGCCUGGUGAGUAUUUUGCCCAUUUAGAUGCCACUGGAAGAAGAGUUGAUUUGGACCAGCGACCUGAGCUUACUAAGGGCAGUGUGGAGUUUGUUGCUCCAACAGAGUAUAUGGUGCGGCCGCCAAUGCCACCAUUAUAUUUCUUUCUCAUUGAUGUUUCGAUAUCUGCAGUUAGAAGUGGCAUGAUUGAGGUUGUGGCCCAAACUAUUAAGUCUUGUUUGGACGACUUACCUGGCUUCCCAAGAACACAGAUUGGGUUUAUCACUUACGACAGUACAAUACAUUUUUAUAACAUGAAGUCAUCAUUGACGCAGCCUCAGAUGAUGGUGGUUUCUGAUUUAGAUGAUAUAUUUGUUCCAUUGCCUGAUGAUCUCCUUGUUAAUUUAUCGGAGUCAAGAAGCGUUGUGGAAGCAUUUCUAGAUACUUUACCAUCAAUGUUUCAAGACAACAUGAAUGUGGAAUCUGCAUUUGGUCCAGCUUUAAAAGCAGCAUUCAUGGUUAUGAACCAACUUGGUGGAAAGUUGCUAGUUUUUCAGAAUACAAUGCCAUCUCUUGGUGUUGGCCGUUUAAAGUUGCGCGGCGAGGAUCUUCGUGUUUAUGGCACAGAUAAAGAAAGUGCUUUGAGAGUGCCAGAGGAUCCAUUUUAUAAGCAAUUAGCUGCUGAUUUUACCAAGUACCAGAUAGGAGUUAAUAUAUAUGCAUUUAGUGACAAGUAUACUGAUGUAGCCUCCAUAGGGACUCUGGCUAAAUAUACUGGAGGACAGGUUUAUCAUUAUCCAAGUUUCCAAUCCGCUCAUCAUGGAGAGAAGUUGAGGCAUGAGUUAGCUAGGGAUCUUACAAGGGAAACUGCAUGGGAAUCUGUUAUGCGCAUAAGAUGUGGGAAAGGGAUUCGGUUCACAUCUUAUCAUGGGAAUUUCAUGCUUAGAUCCACAGAUUUAUUAGCGCUUCCAGCUGUUGAUUGCGAUAAAGCAUAUGCAAUGCAAUUAUCACUGGAAGAGACAUUGUUGACAACUCAGACUGUAUAUUUCCAAGUUGCUUUGCUUUACACUGCAUCUUGUGGAGAGAGGCGUAUUAGAGUACACACGGCGGCAGCUCCUGUAGUUGCUGAUUUGGGAGACAUGUACUGCCAUGCUGACACUGGUGCCAUCGCUUCUUUGUUUUGUAGGUUAGCAAUUGAGAAAACAUUAUCCCAUAAACUGGAAGAUGCACGAAACUCUGUACAGCUAAGGAUUGUGAAAGCUUUCAGAGAAUACCGGAAUCUCUAUGCCGUGCAGCAUCGCUUGGGAGGCCGGAUGAUAUAUCCAGAAUCUCUAAAGUUCUUGCCUCUAUAUGGAUUAGCACUUUGCAAAUCCACUCCUCUUCGAGGGGGGUAUGCUGAUGUUCAGCUUGAUGAACGUUGUGCUGCGGGAUUUACAAUGAUGUCAUUACCUGUUAAAAAAUUGUUAAAACUCUUAUAUCCUUGCUUGAUUCGUAUUGAUGAUCAUCUCUUAAAGCCUUCUACCCAGGCUGAUGAGUUCAGAAAUAUCAUAAGGAGGUUGACACUGACAGCUGAGAGUUUAGACUCUAGAGGCCUUUAUAUUUACGAUGAUGGUUUUCGGUUUGUUUUAUGGUUUGGCAGAAUGCUUUCACCUGAUAUAGCUAUGGGUCUACUUGGACCAGAUGCUGCAGCUGAGUUAUCAAAGGUCACACUUAGAGAGCAUGAUACUGAAAUGUCAAGAAAGUUGAUGGAGAUACUUAAAAAAUUAAGGGAGAGUGAUCAUUCAUAUUAUCAACUCUGCCAUCUUGUAAGACAAGGUGAGCAGCCGAGAGAAGGCUUCCUUCUCCUCAUGAACCUUGUGGAGGACCAGAGUGGGGGUACAAAUGGAUAUGUUGAUUGGAUGGUGCAAAUACACCGACAAGUCCAACAAAAUGCAUAGCUGACAGGAUUUUAUCAUGGGCUUGUCUGUCCCCCGUUUGUAGAGUGAUCAAAUCACCAAUAAUCUGAACCGGUCAUUUCUUCCCUUUAAAAUUGUGGGUGGUUUGAGUUGAACUGAUCAACGGAUAGGUUCUGAAACAACAAUUUGUUUGAAGCAUCACAAGAUUUAAUAAUUAGAGUGAGAUGUACUUUAGCAAUAGUAAGGUGCCACAAUUUUCAACUUGGGAAAGCAAACCAGAUCACAUUUUUGUAUCUGAUAGCUUAAUAAAUUCUCAGCAAUAUUUUAUA